GCUGAUCCAGUGAGGAUACCAGCAGCCUCCCAUCACAAGUUUAGGAUGGAGCUUAAGCCAAGUUUUUUUUCCAAAAAGAAACGAGCAGAGUUCCUAGUGGUGUGCCUGAAGCUCCAGUGAAGAACAUUAACGUCAUUGUGUUUUUUUUAAAAAGAUUCCUCUCAAGGCAACAGGAAAAACCCGCAUUUCUCCACGCCGGAGGCGUCCCCUCAACAGGGUGAGUCCACUCCCAGUCUGACCGCCGGAGUCUGCUCCCUUCAGCAGUUCUCCACAGCAGCUUCGGCGGUGGUCUUCGCUUAAAGUGCUCGCCAAUUCUACCGGAAAAAAAGCGAAGUUUGGAAAACUGUCCCGUUACAAUGACCGGAAAAAGACGGGUCGAGAGGGACGCAGUUUGGCUGAGCUGCUCUGUGAUUCUCAUCAGUAUUUUACUGUCCCAUGUACAAGCUACGCCUCCAGUUUCUAGAUAUCAUCUAUACUCGGCCAGGUCCCCACCCCGGCAAACUACCAACAAACUCACAGGACGUAACAAGAACUGGUGCGCUUACAUUGUGAAGAAGAACGUGACCUGCUCGGUGCUGGACGCCGCAGAAAGUUACAUCAAGCCGGAAUAUCAGCCCUGCCCCUGGGGUCAGCUCAACUGCCGUCCUGCCGUGCUAUAUCGUACCCAUUUUCGUCCAGUAUAUAAGGUUGCAUAUAAGUUGGUGACUCAGCUGGAGUGGAGGUGUUGCCCUGGAUUUAAGGGCGAAGAUUGCAAGAAUGGCCAUUCACAACACUCUGCAACUCUUCCACUGCAGCCUUCUGCCCCGAGACAAAGGAAUCUUAUACCCAAAUCUACAGACAGUCAAGUUCAUAAACCACCAUCAACUGAUGCCCAAGGACAAAAAAUUCAGCAGUUGGAAUAUGAGGUUCAGCGCCUUAAUCAGGUCCUCGAAAAAAUACAGGCCUCGGUAACAGGAUUGAGCGAUAAUCUGAGACAUAGUGUCCAGGAGGAUACCAGUAAAAUGGUUGCAACAUUACUGAGCAACCUGAGACUGCCUAGUAGUGCUACAGGCGUUGAAACUUCCCAUGUUCCAGUUGUCCACAAGAAUGGGGACACAUUUUAUCAAACAGGAAUGGGCGAAGUGAUGUCUGAACUCUCAGAGGUUAAGGAUACAUUGAAGACCAAGAGUGAUAUCCUAGAUGAGCUACAUGGGAUGGUUACUGGACAUAAUGGACAGUUGAAGAAGCUCAUGGAAGCAGCCCAAGCACCUGUUUCUACUUAUUCUCCAUUUUCCAAUGGAGACUUUUAUCAGUCUUACAUUGAUAGUAAAAUUGAAACUCUCAAGGAAGAAUUAAUGUUAGGCAUUGACAAGAAAUUUGCAGAUCUGAAAAAUUCCUGUGAGUAUAAGUUAAUGUCACUAAAAGAGCAAUGUGAAGAAAAUGAAUCAAACUAUGAACAUGUAGAAGAAUUGCUCCAUGAAAAAGAGGCUGAAUUGAGAGAGGACAUCAAUAACCUCCGAAAUCAUCUACUAGAGUCACCUGGAUAUUUCAACUGCUGUUCUCCCAUAGCCACUUUAAGACAGCAAGUCAACAAUAUGGAUCGAAAGGUGUAUAGAAUUGCUGAUGCUAACAGGCUUUUGAAUGCCAGAUUGGAUAAUGAACUGGAGCGUUUCACUACUCUUAAUCUAGACGCUAUUUUUAGUGAGCGGUUAGAGGAAAUUGAAUCUAGAAUAAAUGUCACAGAGAAAAAUGCUGAAGAACAUUGCUUUUAUAUAGAGUAUACUCUCAGAGGGUUCAUUGAAAAUGAAGUUGAUGGUGUCAAAGAUCUUCUAAAAAAGAGGGUACAGUUGUUAGAAACAAAACAUAACAAUGAUUUUGCGUUAAUUAGUAACAUAACUUAUACUGGGGCAAGAGACAGUGAACUGGAAUCAUUGCAACGAAGUGAUCUGAAUUUCAGUACUGACCAAAUCAAUAAUGUGAUGGAUUAUUUUGAGGACAGGUUGCAUAAUUUGGAACGUUUAUGCCAGACUGGUUGUGCUUCUGUUAGAGAGGAGAUGAAGGACAUCAAAAUGGAUUUAGAAACUUGCAAAAGUGACAACAAAUAUUUGUUGCAAAAAACAGAACAAAACUUAAUUCUCCUUAAUGGUCUGAAUAAUACAGUUCGUGAAGGUCUCAGGAUGAUGGAAGAAAAUGAAGACUUAGAGAUGAUACAAGGAGAAAUCAUUUUAUUAAAAGCCAAUGUAAAUGCCAUUGGGGAAUCCGUUCAAGCACAGUGGGAAGGUCUGACAAAAAGCAAUGAAACACUGUUAACAGUGGAGUCCACUUUAACAAAGAAACAGGAGGAACUCCUGGAUAUGAUACACAAACUCCAUGAAACAGACAUAAGUCUAAAAUCCCAACUCCAGAAAAACAAUAGCAGUCAGUUAACUGAAAUGAAGAAACAAAUGAAUCAGCUAACAAGACAGGUUGCUCAAGACAUUGAUAAAUGCAAAGACAAUGCUCAGGGGAUCCAGAAAGAAGUCGACUAUGUUGAAAGGAGAGUGGCCCACAUUGAGAAUGUUUGCAGUAAACUAGACAAUAUUUCCAGCAGCCUACUCAGAAUUAAAGAUGGUCUAAACAAACAUGUUAGCAGUCUUUGGAACUGUGCCCAUCAGAUGAAUGAAACUAUGAAAUCACAUUCCAACGAAAUUGUUUUGUUGAAAGGUGCCAUUCACCAAUUUUCAAGCCAAUGUCCUAAAAUUAUUCGGAAGACAGAAGUUUUGCUGCCUGUUCAGCCUGUUCCAGUGGAAAGAGGCCAAGCAGGACCUCCAGGCCCACCCAAACCAAAGCUUCCACCUGUCACAGGAACAAGCUACAGUGUCUUUGGGGAGGUAGGUUAUGCAGGCCCCCCAGGAUCAAUGGAUACAUCAGAUGUUAAUAGCUCUCAUGAAACAAAACAGCAAGCUACACCAGCUCCAAGUACAGACCAUAAACUACCUGGGCAUUUCGUAACUUUUGGACCUCCAGGAAUCGCAGAAAAUAAAGCUGCUCGAAAGCAUGUCUCCUUUUCCGUUGGUCUAACCAGAAAACCUUUCAUUGGUAAUGCAGGGAUAAUCCGAUUCAACAAAGUUUUAGUUAAUGAUGGGAACCAUUACGAUGCAAAUACAGGUGUAUUUACAGCUCCUUUUGAAGGACAGUAUCUCAUCACUGCAGUCCUUGCUCCUCAGAGAAAUGAGCACAUUGAAGCGAUCCUGUCAGUCUCUAAUCAAAGUAUUAUGCAGAUGGAUACUUCUGGCUAUCGAAUAGAACUGCUGGAAUCUCAGAGACCCCUUAUGGGAAGGCAGACUUGUGGAGGUGUUGGAAUCUUCAAUCUGAUCCUGAAUCUAAAAGCUAAAGAUGAAGUCAGUGUCAUAGUGAUCGAUGGUAAACUGGUCAACACGGAUGACAUGUACUCAACUUUCAGUGGGACUCUUUUGUAUGAAACAUCUACUCAGAGCUAGCCAAGUAGAACAAAAGGAGAUGAAAAUACACUGGUUGAGGCAAAGGGAGAUUUGAAGAAGAUGUAGAUUUUCCUGAAUUUCUGGGAUUUAUGGUCAAAGUACUUUUAUAAAAUACCAAUUCAACUUCUUAAAACACACAUUCCACAAGCUACAAUUAUGGAUAAAUUUGAAUGUGUUUUGUUUAGACAUAAACUAGUAAUAUCCUACAUUGUUCUUUGAAAGAGAUAUAUUUCCGCUAAGACAAAUAAAGUCAAUCCUUUUUAGUGGACUGUGAUCACAAAGUUCUACUAACUCCUAUCACUGGAUUUAUAAAACCUAAAAAGGUUUAUUUUUUACUGUCUAGUUGUUGCUUUUCCAAUUAUUUCAACACUUCUCAAUAGAUCGUCAGUACAAUACACAAGUAUUUUGAGUAAAAGACUGAAGGAAGGCUAAUUGUGACACUCAUAAUCUCAAUAAUGGUAAAUCAAUUUAUGUUCUAUAAUCAGUAUGUAAACAACAGUAGCUUUUAAAAAAAUCAUUGUUAAUCUGGCUAGUUUUUUUUGAAGACUUGUGAUGGAUGGAAUGGCUGGUUAUAAUUUAGCAAGUAGAAUUGUUUUUCGCAUUUGUCACUGAGCAGUGAUUCAAAAUCAAACACCCCAAUUUGAGAAAUGUCAAAUUGUUAACCAUAUUACAGUUUAGAUUUCAGAAAGUUUGCCUUAAAUUGUAAUCUAAAUGCUGGUUUUUGUUGCGGUAUUUAUUUUGUUAGAUACCAAUGAUCCAUUACUCAGAAUUUUGUAAAUAAUAGCUGUUUGGCACUAGGUAGAUCAGAAUGACAUCAGAUAAAUUUGUAAUGAAAUAAAACGCCAACAUAAUUAGAGGUAGGAGAAAGAAUUGAUAGUGAUAACUUACCGUGUUAAGACGUCCUGUACUUCAUUUCCUUCUGCUAGAUCCAUGAAUUUGCAUUUAGCUGCAGAGGAUCAGAGUGUGUAAGCAGCCACCUUAACCCCUGUUGGCUGACUCAUUGCAAGUAUCACAGAUUAUCUCCUUUGUGUAAUUAUCAAAGUUACAAGAGAACGCCAAGAAAUGUAGCACAGGGUAUAUCUGUCAUGGCUUCUUGCACACAUGGUAUGGUGGGGUAGCAGUUCACAAGCUACUAGAACAAUUAAUGUAGCAAGUACAGGGUGGGAGAGAGAAUUUGUUGUUAACAGAUGUAGAAAAUAGGAAGGAAAUAUAUCUAAUCUACCAGUGGCUCCGAUGAACUAAUAAAUUUGCUGAAUAAAACAGUGGAAAUGCUUGGAAAGAUCAAAUUUGUUUUUUUAAUGAGCAAUAGAAUAAACAAAAUCAGCUAUGCUUUGUGAUAUGGGAUAUCCUAGGAGCUGGAAAAUAAUCUAUGAUUAAUCAAUUACAUAGUAAUGAACUCAAGAUUGGGUUACCAUGAGGUUCAUUUUAUGUAUUCCACAGCCACUCUCAAAUGAAAUAUUGAAUACUUCGCAAUGAAUGUAGAGCGACGACUACUAUCUAUUUCAUUACCAUUUUUAGAAAUUAUUAAUGUGGUUCUAGAUUGUUCUGUAUUGAAAAUGAACAUCAGCAGACACCAGUGUCAUGAAAAAGUUAAUCCCUCUCCCACAAAGAAUGACAUUAGAUAUUUAACUUGACCUGUUUAAGUUGAUUCAACUACGAAACUAAAAUAGUUUCAGUAUAAAUUAUAAGGGCAACUCUCAAUUGAACAAAAAAAAAACACAUUUUUAAAACUGGAUUUGUAGGUAGGACAAUAAGCACUUAUCAUAGCUCGAAACUACGGUACUGUUUACAGCAGAAGUGAAUGAAAAACUCAUCUACAUCAUUCUUAAAUAAUUACAAAUUUUUUUAAAACAACUUCUACUUUUGGACAAUCUCCAGGUCAGAAUUUGAAAAACGCAUGUUGUUUACUCAAAGAGCUUUUUUUUCCCCCCCACAGUCUCAAUAUUAACCAUCAGAUCAAGUUCAGAGGGCUUCCUUUUUCAGGUAGUACUUAAUUGAAUGCAGGUGCACCUUGUUAGGACAGUAAUUUUUAAUGUAAUCCAUUUGUUCUCUUCAUGGAUACUGACUGAUCAGCAUCUUGGUUUCAGAUUUCCAAUCCUGUGAAUGUUGGUUUUUGUUUAAUUUUAUCUAUGAGUAUAAAUAAUUUGAACAUGAGAUAACACUAUAAACUACAAAUAUUUUACUGGAAAUUAAUUGGAAUACCAAUUGUUUAAAGUUUGGUUUUUGAACACUGUGUACCAGUAAUCAUAAUCAAAACAUCCAACAUAGAUUGAACUUUGGGCCCAUAGAAAGCUACAAGCACAUGCAACCUUGUACACAAAUAGUAAAAAAAAAAUAACUGUUAAAGUAAUAUCCCAUUUUAUUAACUCUAAAUUUAUAAAAAUAAUCUCUCUACUAUGUAUCAUAAGUACCAGUGAACAUAGGAGUAUGACAAGUAAGACAAAUUUUAUAAAGUAAGUUUUCUAAAGGAAGAAUCAUGAAGUAAUAAUGUAAAAAGUUGGCCUUUUCUUUCCAACUGAACAAAUGUUCACAAAAGUAUUUAACAGUAUUUGGAAUUCCACGGAACUUAGAUGUUUUAGAUUGUCUUCUAUCAAAAAUCUCUGAUCUGGUCCAGAGAAUUCUUUAAAAGUUAGAUUUCCGAGGCACCUGAACACAGCUUAGGUAAGACUUAUUCAGAUAAAUAUUUAUUCUGCUAUGUAAAACAAGUGAGCAAAUCUAAUAUUAUCUACACAUAAUUACCUUUUGUAUUGUUAUUGUUACAAAUUUUCUACUUAUAUGUGUUAUUUCUUGGUAAUUAAUAAAAUAAUUGAAUUGU